AUGUCAGGUAUGUGCAACCAAGUUGGCAGAGGCGAGGGUUGCUUAUUCCGCCUGCCUGCCCUCCUAUCUGGAAAGGGAAACAAACCCUCUUGCAUCCGUUUUCCCAGCAACACAUCUGCCAACACGCACAACCCGCUACCAAUGGCUCCGGACGACGACACACCGGGCGCGACACCAACUCACAAACGACGCCGAAUGCGCGACGCACAGUCACCGGGCGACCGCUCGCCCGACGCGUCAAGACGAGGGCCCGAUCGCGGCGACAGCAGCGACUACUACUCCAAGACGCGCGAUUCGUCGCGCUCGCCCGCGGGACGACGACGGCGCGCGGUGUCUGCCUCUAGCUCGGGCGCUAGCACGCGGUCCGAGUCGCCGUCCCCUCGCCGUCCAGCGCGGCGGCGCUCCGCAUCGCGGUCGCGGUCGCGCUCACCGUCCUCCACGUCGUCGGACCGCACGCGGACAGAGUCCCUUUCGCCCAAGCCCGCACCGCCGCCAACAGAGCCGCCCACGACGACGCCGCCGCCACAAGCACCGCUGAGACCCAACUACCAGGCGCGGCUGGCGCUGCACGGGCACAGCAAGCCCGUGUCGCAGGCGCGCAUCUCGCCCGACGGGCGCUUUAUCGCGUCGGCGUCGGCGGACGCGACGGUCAAGAUUUGGGACGCGGCGACGGGGGCGCAUUUAGACACGCUGGUCGGGCACAUGGCGGGCGUCAGCUGCGUGGCGUGGGCGCCUGAUAGCAACACGCUCGCGAGCGGCUCCGACGACAAGGCGAUUCGGCUGUGGGACCGGAUGACGGGGCGGCCCAAGUCGACGGCGCGCAAGUCGCUGGGCGGGAACGGGAGCGGCCACGGGAGCGCGGACAUGGCGCCGCUGCGUGGCCACCACAACUACGUGCACUGCCUGGCGUUCUCGCCCAAAGGCAACAUCAUCGCGAGCGGGUCCUACGAUGAGGCCGUGUUCCUGUGGGAUGUGCGCGCAGGGCGGCUGAUGCGCAGCCUGCCGGCACACAGCGACCCGGUGAGCGGCAUUGACUUUUCGCCGGAUGGGACACUGGUGGCGAGUUGUUCUACAGACGGCCUCAUUCGUAUAUGGGACUCGGGAACCGGUCAAUGCCUACGGACGCUCGUGCACGAAGACAACCCGGCAGUGGCCAACGUCUGCUUCUCGCCCAACGGGCGUUUUGUGCUCGCGUUCAACCUGGACAACUGCAUCCGGCUAUGGGACUACGUGGCGGGCAGCGUGAAGAAGACGUACCAGGGGCACAAGAACGAAAAGUUUGCGGUGGGCGGGUGCUUUGGCGUGCUGGACGGGUCGCCGUUUGUGGCGUCAGCGAGCGAGGACGGCGACAUUGUACUCUGGGACGUCAUUAGCAAGAAGGUGCUGCAGCGGGUGCGCGGCCACGCCGAAGGCGUCUGCUUCUGGGUGGACGUGCACGGCGAGACCAUGGUGAGCGCGGGCCAGGACCACACGAUCCGCAUCUACCGCCACAUCGGGGGCAGCAGGGCCGUUGCUGACGUUAAUGGUGACGGUCUAUCAAACGGCGUUGCAGUACCGGCGACGAACGGGGAGGGGACUUUGGAGGUGCUGCCGAUCAGGCAAGAGGACGUCAAGAUGGAGAUGUAA